AUGCUUGUUGACACAGUAAAAGGCUCUAAGUGGAUGUUUGUGCUCAGCGCACCAAGGGCUUUAUGUGUGGGGCAGAAAAGGAAAGGUGCUUUUCAUGACUCAAGUUUUCUAUCUGGAGGGGCUGCAGUUACAACUGGAAGAUUGGUUGCCCACAAUGGGGUUUUAAGUGGUUACUAUCUCGCAACUGAAGACAAUUUCAAGGAAUUCAUUAGCUUCCUGCAGGAGCACCAUGUAGACCUAACCCAUGUCGAGGGAAUACCCAUCAGAGCUACGACUCCGAGCGCUUGA